CCUUUGCAGCAAUCUGGCAGGAAGGAUGUCUGUUUGUGUCUGGUUGUUGUUUUGGGAUCAAAUGCGCAAACCUUUAUUAUAUAUUAGUUAUGAUAAGAAAAAUGCAACUCGUAUGUUUCCCAAAUGACAUGGAGGGAACGACUCCAAAUAAGCGUCGCAAUCUAGAUUGAAAGGAGCUGGACUUCCUGUUGGGAUAAAACACAAGCCUUUUGGGACGAUGGAGAGUGGAGUUUUCCUGGCUUCCUUGGAUCAAUUCAUGCUGAGCCCCCUUGUCACUUGGGUGAAGACAUUUAUUCCAUCUGAUGAGGGCAUCCACUUGGACUUUUCUGACCUACUGGAUGGAGUCAUUUUGAACAAGAUAAUGGCUAAAAUAAAUCCUUCAGCUGCACAUCAGUCAGCAAAUAAAGUCUGCAGAGAUCCAGGUCAGAGGAUCCAGAACCUGAACUGCCUUGUCCAACAAAUCAGGGGCUAUUAUCUGGAUCAUCUGAAACAGUUAAUCAUGAUUCCUUUGCCAGAUGUAUUGCUGCUUGGCAGGACUCCCUAUUGUGAACAAAGUUUGGAAGAAAUGAAGAAGCUUCUGCUGUUACUGUUGGGUUGUGCAGUUCAGUGUGAGAAAAAGGAGGAGUACAUCGAGAGGAUCCAGACACUUGACUUUGAUACGAAAGCUGCAAUAGCUGCACAUAUUCAGGAGCUGACCCACAGUCAGGAAAAUGUGCUGGAUCUGCAGUGGCUGGACACCGGUGACGUUCAGCCAGAGGAGAUGGAAACUGUUCUUAGGAACUUGACAACACACCUUCACUGCGUUCUGGACCAAAGAGACAACCAUCUGGAGGCAAUAGUGGAACUAAUGCAGGAAAGAGAAGGAACUGUUACCUUGCUCAGCAGCCCAUCCAGCCCGCAGUCUGCAAGCUGUUCCCCAAGCAUUCAGCAGCAGCAGACAGGGAUGCAGCACCUGGCAGUGGAGCUGGCUGACUCUAAGGCAAAGAUCAGACGACUUAGACAAGAAGUUGAGGAGAAGAGCGAGCAGAUACUUGACUGCAGACAUGAGCUGGAAAACAUGGAGAGUGAACUGAAGAGGAUUCAGCAGGAGAACUCCCAGCUGCAAGUAGAUGCCCGCGCUGCCCGUACCUACCGGGACGAGCUUGAUGCCCUUAGAGAGCGAGCCAUGAAGGCGGACAAGCUGGAGAGCGAAGUUGGCCGCUACAGGGAGCAGCUGCACAAGAUGGAGUUCUAUAAAGCCAAAGUGGAGGAGCUAAAGGAGGACAACAGGGUCCUCCAAGAGACCAAGGAGGUGUUGGAGGAUCAGCUGGAAGGCUGGAGGUCCCGAACAGAUAAAAUCCACCAGCUGGAGAAGCACAAUCUGCUGCUAACGGCCCGCCUCCAUGACAUGGAGCAGGAGAAAGAAGCAGACAUACAGAGGAUGAAGGAGCUUCAGGAGGAGAACCUGGCUUUGUGUUUGGCACAGAGGAGGAGCAUGGAAGAGUCGCAACAUCUAGGCUGGGAGCUGGAGCAGCUCUCUAAAACGGCAGAAAACUCCCAAGAGCGGCAGACAUUGAGCGAAGAGGUCGGAGAGAGAACCCAAAGUCAGAUUUUAAAGCUGGAGAAGGAAAACCAAAGGCUCCUGAGGACUAUUGAGGAUCUGAGAGCUGCACUUCAUAACGGAUGCAGAAAGACCAAACACAUUCAGCAUUUAGCAGGCAACACCCACCAAAGUACAUCAUUAGAAGAGCAAUCCUCAAUGACGAAAAUCUUCAGCUCAGUCACUGAAAACCCCUCCGAUGCACAAAGGCUGCAGAUCCAAAAUGGAGAUUCUAACUGCCGACAGCAACUCGUCACAAAAGAGCUGGAGGGAGGCCAAACUCAGAUCCUUCUUGCAGAUCUUGCAGACUGUGGCAUUGAGAACGGGCACCUACAGGAUCCAGACAAGGACAGAAUAUCACAGCUGGAAAUCUUAGAAAAUAACCAUAAUCAGUUCCAUGGCUUUGUUAGACCAUGUGAUCCCUACCCAGGCUCGCAGAACGGAGGCCCAUACCAUGAUAGCACUUCCACAGGUCUCCCAGGACGUUCCGCUACUAGCAAGCACACACAACGACUGGAGGUUAAAUGUAGGGGUCUGGACACGCUUAACCAGCAGCUACAAACUUCUCUCUACAAUAGCGAACGUAAAGUUCAGCAUUUAGAAGCUGAGGUUCAAGAGCUGGAAGCAGAGAACCAUGCACUCCAGGGAUCAUUUGAAAAACUUCGGAUCUCAGCAAGACAUCUAGAGCAGCUGGAAACUGAGAAACAGAACCUGGAGCAUGAAACCACCUCACUGGAGAGAGACAAACGGCAACUAGAGAAAGAAAAUCGGAGGCUUAAACAGCAGGCUGAAAUUCAGGAAGCCAACUUAGACAGCCGCAAUGCUUGCAUUGCAAGCUUGGAGAGAGAAAUGCGUUUGCUAGUGAAGGAGGUGGAAGGGUUAAGAGAAACGUCUGAGAGAGUGAAAAGCUUGGAGAGAGAAAACAGAGAGCUGACCAAACAAGCUGCUAUCGACCAGAAGACCCUGGCAACCCUCAGAGAGGAGCUGGUUAGCGAGAAGCUAAAAACUCAGCAGAGAGACAGGGACCUGGAGAAACUGGCCCUUGAGCUGGAGAUGAAAGUCCCUAUCCUGGAAAGCAUACAGCUGGAAGCACCAGAUAGCAGAGUCAAGAUGCUAGAAUCAGAUCUGGAGUUUUCCCUGAAGAGGUCCCUGCAAAUUAAAGACGACAAGAUGGCUGCUCUGGAGGCUCGUCUGCAGGAAUCCUCCUUUCUAAACCAGCAGCUUCAAAAAGAGCUGAAAACUGUGAAGCUGAACUAUGAGGCCCUGCAACAGCGGCAGGAGGAAGAGCAGACGGCAUUAAGAUCCAGCCCUCCAGCACAGACCAACAAGGCUAUGACCGAGUGGCUGCGUGAAAGCCAAGAAGCGACCAGAGAGCUGCUGAGGCUCAAAGACCACCUCAUUGAAGUCGAGAGAAGUAAUGCUACUCUAGAGGCUGAGCGCCAGGCUGCGCAGGUCCAACAGAGACAACUGGAGAGUCAGUGUGACAGCCAGCAGGCUCAAAUCCUCGCCCUGCAGAGGCAGGCUGCCUCCUUGCAAGAAAGCAACACAGCCCUGCAGACACUCAAUGCAAACCUCCAGGUAGAGAAGUCAACACUAAAUUCACAGAGUGCCUCCCUCAUGGCCCAGAACGCUCAUCUGCAGCAACAAAAGUCAGGAAUAGAAAGUGAGCGAGACACCGCUACACAGGAACGGGAAGAGCUGCGUGGUGCUCACGAGCAACUUCUGCGAGAUCAUGAGCGUCUGACGGUGCUGCACGAGCGACAAGCCAUGGAGUAUGAGGCUCUGAUGGGUAAACAUACCUGUCUGAAAAAUGUCCACCGCACACUAGAGUUGGAGCAUCGUACUUUGCAGGACAGGAAUAACAACUUGGUGCAGCAGAGAACUAAACUAGAGGAGCUGGAGAAAACCUUGAAGGAGGAGCAGAUGAGGAUCUCUCUGGAUAAAGAACAGCAUCAGUCAACAGAGGCUGAAUGUUGCAGACUGCGUGAUGAGAAGGACUGGCUCAGCCGAAUGUACCAUCAGCUACAAAACGAUAAUGAGACACUGAAAGAUGAACACAAGCUGCUCAAGAGCCAGCUGAACGAGGCCAACCUGAAGCACACCUGGCUGGAGGCCGACAUCUCCAAACACAAAAAGGACUUUCAGGAUCUCGACAUCUCCUCCACAAAACUGGCCAACCAGUGUGAGUUGCUGAGUCAGCUCAAAGGGAACCUUGAGGAAGAAAAUCGGCAUCUCAUCAGUCAAAUCGAGACGCUAAUGCUGCAGAACCGAACCUUGUUGGAGCAGAAUAUGGAAAGCAAGGAUCUGUUUCAUGUUGAAGAACGACAAUACAUUGACAAGCUCAAUGACUUGAGAAGGCAGAAGGAGAAACUGGAGGAGAAGAUAAUGGAUCAGUAUAAGUUCUAUGAGCCCUCACCUCCUCGCAGACGUGGCAACUGGAUAACUCAGAAACUGAAGAAGCUGAUGAAAUCCAGCAGCCGUGAUAACGAGCCUGACACCCCACACGUGGUUGCGGCGGAGCACCACCUUUGCUCCAACGACAAUAGCUCCUUCAUCAGCUUUGAUGGAUCUGGAUGUUCGGCCUCCACUUUAGCCAGAGACAUUACCACACAGCAGCGUAGCAGCAUCGCUCUGAAAAACUUUCCCCGUUUAAGGAACAGGCUAAAGGAGAGAGACAGAGUCAAGUCCAUCUUCCGUCGUUCUUUGUCCUUGAGCAGCUUAUCCCACCCAUUGACCUCAUUUGAAGCAAGGCAGGACACUAAUGUGGACAAAGGCCAAGAGAAGCUGCUGACCUCAUCUCUCAGUACCUCCACAUUGUCCAUCCUCCAUCAUCAUCACCCAACAACUUCUCCAUUUGACCACCGCAACAAAACCCCUGACAUUGGCCUACAUGUUUCUGAGCAGUGGCUGACAGACAAAGAUUCAAGUGGCAGCACUGUGCAAUCUGGAUGUGAUGAUGGCGACGGGAUGCCAAACCAUGGGAUGGAUGCAGUUCAAGUUCGAGCACGGAGUGAAAGCAGCGGCGAGUUGAGCCUGAGCCUAGAGAAUGAGCCUUGGUCAAACGGCAGCAGUCCUGUCCAGAAGCCCCCCUCACCUAACUCCUCUUCCUAUCAACCACCCAGUGAUGUGUCCACCCCACAACCCCAUUCACAGCUGCAGCAGCCUGCGGACCAAACCUCCACCAUGCAAGCUGACAAUAGCCUGAACUCAGAUAGGUUGCAAAGGCAAAGAGAUCCAGUGCUGUCUCAGGACUUCUGGCUCACAAGAGGCACAAAAACCAUCCAAAGGGGGUGUCAGGGAAAAGGGUUUCGACGCUCAUCAGACAUAUGCGGUACAGGAAAAACUAACUCAGAACUGAAAAGGUUAAGCUUGAAAGCUGAAACAACGCAAGCCUCUGCUUGUUCCCCAAUCACAGUGCUGUAUGUUCAGGGUAAAUCAUCCUCUAUGUCUGGCUGCCUGAACUGCUUCUCGACCCCUCUCGUGAAAGAGGGACAAUUGGGAGAGUUCAGGUGUCCUAGAAGUCUCCCCCGGGCCAGCAGUGUGAUUUCUUCAGCAGAGGGUUCUUCUCGACGCUCGAGUGUCGGCAGUGAAUGCAAGGGGACUUUCCAAACUGACCAAGUGCAGACUGUUGAAAAAAACUCUACGCUGGAGCAAAUAGAGUUUCAGAAGGAAGAGCGAAACCCAGACUCAGGAAACAGGGAGCCGGAGUCCAUUCCUCCUGCCAAACCUCCCCGGGAUCCAGCAGUUAUUGUACCAACAAAACACUAUGAAUCCAGUUUGCAGGAGCCAUCCCUUGGUUCGUCUUUCACUUUUAACUCUGUGUUCUCAGACACAAUCUUCAGUGAUUCUGAACUCACCACUACAGCCAUCCUAGAUAUGAUUGACAUGCGCACACAUUUCUUCUGUCCUGAUCCAUCUUCAGGGAGUACCUCUCUCGUUGAGAGACAAGAAACUGCUGAGAAGACACCACAAACAUUGCUUAGCUCUGAAAAAAAGGAAACCGAAGCAAUAUGCUAGAUCUUACAGGAGGGCUCAAACAGCAGUGUCUCCUUGCAGUCACUAAACACAUACAUUCAUGGUUACUUCAAAGUCAUCAGGUUUAUUUUUCCUAAUGGAUUUUCAGAUAUUUUUUUUUCCUUAAUUCUUUUUUAAAUUAGGCAUAGCUAAAGUACGUUAAGACUAUUUUUGUUUUGUUUUUUUAUUGUAUUUAGCACUAUAGUUGUUUUUAAUCUAGCACAUUUAUGUAUUCAGGCAGUAGACUAGGAGCUAAGUGUUGUUCUGUUUAUCUCGAGUCGUAAAUCUGGAAAGAUGAUGAACCCAACUUAACAUGCUUUCAUUUGCCACUUGGAAAGACAAUCACAUUGAGCCAUAGCAGCAGAUUAUAGUGUUCUCCACCACAUUAUUUUUGCAAUACUGUUUAAUUUUCACUAACAGGUGUUGCACAGCUUUCUGUGCCCCAUUUAUGUUAUAUGACAUAAUCCAUCAGAAGCUCAAAUACAAAACUUCUGCACCCUUUACAAUGUUUUGAAGAUGUUGUAGAAACAUCUCAUUAUGCAGUUGAGGAUGGUGAGAGUAAUCGUUUUGUACUUAUUUUUGACCCCCCGUAAAGCAGUGUUUGUACUGACAAUAACUUAAAACACCGUUCUUUGAUCUACUGGGCAAUUUGAUAGCAAAAAAUAUCUGCCAGUUGGAGGUUGUUCAGAACUACUUCAGAUUAACUGGUUGUUCAAAUCUCUUUUUGCCAUAAAUCACCUAGCUUAAAGCAUCGAAAACAGCUUAGUGUCACUCCCUUUCCCUUCCACAUUUCGUACAUUUGAGCAAACAUGGUGCUUCAAAGUGGGAGUGAUUUCCAGUCAUUUUGGGCCAGUUCGUAUUUUAUUGAUUUGCUGUUUGAACACAGAAUUAAAUAGCUGAUCUAUUAGCUCAGUUUGGCAGCAAUCUCUUCAGGGGUCUGGCGAUAGCCAGUUGAUGUUUAAAACGUAAAUAUCUUUUAUUCCAGAGCUCUGUUUCGUCCAGGUUACUGUAUUAAAGGUCCUAAAAUAUUGUACAUUUUAAAAAAGAAAGCCCCUUGAGCAUGUUUUUCUAAGUUUUGCUGGGAAAUUCCUCUCAGAUUAGCCAGACAGCGUGUACCAAAAACCUCCUUAUUCAGCCCUCGUGUGGAUGAGCUGUUUGGUUCCCCACACGCCAUCCCCUGGAAGGCCACGCCCCCACAACCCGCUACCAUGACAUUAAGUUUGAGUUUGUAAAGGAAGUGGCUAGAGGAGCGGAAUAAUACAUUAGAUGAAGACCAUAGCUUGGCGGAUAUGCUGCUACUCUGGAUAGCUUAUUUCCCCUUAUGACAUCAUAAGGGACAUGUUUUUUUCCCCCAUUUGUGAACCUCAUACACAGGUUUUGGACACAUAACCUGUAUAAUGUGAAUUCUGCAUAAUGGGAGACCCUUAAACCCAAAAAACUCAAAGUAAACUCCUGCUGUUAGAUAUUAUUGAUUUGGAGUUACAACACCCAGUUCCUUUGCUGUAAUAAGGGACUUUUAGUCAGUACGAAACAUCUUGCAGAAGCAUCACCAUUUCU